UGUCUUGUAUUUUCGCAUUUUGAGUUAAAUAAAGUCUUGUUUUUUUUAAUUACACACUUACAUUAUUUCAAACUGUUGAAAAGAAGAACAAGAACACGACGUCUGUACAUUUUUAAACAGAUAUAUGGAGCUAUUUUCUGUGUUGUAUCUUUACACAACACUGGCUAAUUAAGAUGACGUACACUGCCAGGUUAACAGGCGCGUCUGUGAAGCUGCGCUGUGAUUGGUGGACAGAUUUGCCCUCGCGCGCGCUUUGCUUCUCACGCGCAGCAGCUCAGGUUCUCAGCAGGUUGUCUGAGAGCUGCAGUUCUGCUGGUGCGAGUUCAUUCUGUAGGGACUGCAUUAAAUUAAAAAAAAAAACAGCAACAAUGACUAUCAAAUUAAUCCGUGAUCAUGGACAGCAUUAUAGACCUCGAAUGGCCUGUCUGAAGAAGCUCGAGGCCAUGAUGCUGGCAAUGCAGGACCCCAAAUCCGGUGUAAAAUCAUCUGAGCAGAAAUUGAACAUAACUUCUAUUCCACACGUCAUCGCAGGACAGGACAUUCUUGCAUGGAUUGCCAGUUAUAUGAAGGUGGAUAAUCAAGAGGCUCGGACAAUUGGCACCAUGUUAGUUGCUUUUGGCUUCAUCUACCCACUGCAAGACCACAAAAGACUCAUCCUCAAGCCAGAUGGCAGUCUCUAUCGCUUUCAGACACCGUACUUCUGGCCUGUGCAGAAAUGGAAGGCAGAAGACACUGAUUAUGCAAUUUAUCUGGCGAAGAGAAACAUUCGAAAGAAGGGGACCCUUGAUAAUUAUGAACAGGAGAACUACAACAACCUGCACAAAUGGCUCAACCACAAAUGGGAUUUUAUUGUGAUGCAAGCCAAAGAGCAAUACAGGGCAGGAAAGGAGAGGAAUAAAUCAGACCGGGUUGUGUUUGAUUGUCAGGAAAGGGCCUACUGGAUAGUACACAGGCCUCCACCUGGAACUCACACUGCCAUGGACUACGGCAUGGAUCGUCUCAUCAAUCCUAACACAGAAGAGAAAAAAACCUUUGACUACUAUAGACGAAUUAUCAUCUACACGCAGCAGGUAAUCAUGAGACCAAGGGUCAAAUCUUCAGUGUCCAUGGGAGCCUUUGUGAAAUACAUGACAACAUAUCAGGACCAUGAUCCAUUUCUGAAACCGUGUGUUCCCAGCAACCCCUGGCAGACUGAUGAUGUCACAUACUGGGAUCUGAACAUGAGAAAUGUCGAAAUCCCUACAAAGAUGAGAGUUGAGCGCUGGUCCUUCAGCUUUUAUGAGUUACUCAACGAUGCACGUGGCCGCGCCGACUUCAAACUCUUCCUGAAGAAGGAAUUCAGCGGUGAGAAUUUGGCUUUUUGGGAGGCUGCUGAGGAGAUGAAGUGGGGAACGGCAGCAUCCAUGUCUGAGAAAGCUGAGACCAUUUUUAAGACGUUUUUAGCCCCAGGAGCUCCACGUUGGAUUAACAUUGACGGUCGGACGAUGGGACUGACAGUGAAGGGUUUAGAACAUCCACACCGCUACGUCCUGGAUGCAGCUCAAACACACAUCUUCAUGCUGAUGAAAAAGGACACCUUUUAUCGCUAUCUGAAGUCACCAGUUUACAAGGACAUUCAGAAAAAGGCGAUCUCACCCGCACCACAUAACUUCACUGAUGCUCAACUGGAGCAAAACGCUAGAAACCGUAAGCCCAGCAUCGACCCCAUCAUCCUGUGGCAGCAGGAACAGGAGGAAAAAGCCAAAGCAGCUGCCGCGGCCGGACCCAUCGAUAUUAAAAAACUGAUGGCCAGCAAACUGGACCGCAAGUGAUGGAGUUUAACGGAACUGAUUUUGAUUGACUUUGAUAUGAGGCAUUAGAUAUGAAUCUCAUUAUAUGUUGUGUGCUCAUCUCUAUAUUAGAUCUAACUAGUGAAACUGUGUUUAUGAUAUUUAGAGAAAGUACAGAAUGAUUCGUAAUGACCGCAGUUUUGCUUAGAGUAUUGAUUUCUUUAAAACUGAAAAAUGUUAAUUUUUCCUAUAUAAAUGACAUAGUAGGCAUGUGGUUAUAUUUGGUUAUGUGAUGCAUCAUGACAUUCAGAUUUCUAUCUUUCUCAGAAAAAAAAAAUAUAUAUAUAUAUAUAUAUAUAUAUAUACAAUUUUUAUAAACAUUAUCACUAUACCAUAGAAUGCCCAAAAGUAGUCUGACAGAUUGAUGGCUUAUGCUUUUUUUUUAAAAGGUCGUGAAUAACCUUUUUCGCUAAUAUCCUCUUUUUGAUGUUACAUUUAUGUACAUUGAUUAGUAGUAUUACUCUUAUUAUUACUUACUAUUCAUACACAUGAAAAUCUGCACCAUGUCCCCGUCAGCUGCUUAUCAACUGCAGAAUCAUAGGUACCUUUCCCUAAAAUUUUCAUCACCUUAUUUAUAGUUUUAUUUAUUCUAUUAUCAUUUGAUAUUAUUAUUACUAUAUUAUUUUCAAUGAUUUGACCAAAUAUGAUGCACGCAUGCAAAAUCCUGUUUCAAGAUUCAAUUCAAUUCCGUUUUAUUUAAUGGAAAUAUUUAACAAUUUAUUUAACGUUUUAUUUAGCAAUGAAAUAUUCUCACAGAGCAACUUUACAGAAAUGUUUUGUUGUGCUUGCUGGUGUUGAUGGCAGUGGAGAUGCUCUUGGGCAGCUGCUGAGGAUAUGUUCUUCCAUGGCAAAGACGGCAUGAUUGCGCCUCAGUUUGGCCCCAAACGUGGAGAUUUGAUGGAUUUGGCAGGCCUGGAUCAAGAACUCAGUGCGCUGGGGUCUGCCUGUCACAUGUCUAUCUGAGUGAUCUUCCAUUUCAGCACACUCUCCCAUCUUGUCUUCCUCUUCUGAACUAGUCUCUACCUAUGCUUGCUUUGGGUCUUGUUGUUUUGGGCUUAGUGGAGCUUCCUAGCCCUGCUCAUCCAUUAUCCACCCCCGACUAUUGCCCUGUCCCUCAGCCAUGCCUCUGCUGACUCAGACUUGUUGUGGGCCCCCACUUCCUGCCUGUCGGGAUCUUGAUGAGUUUAGAGUGUCUGUUGAUCAGCAGUCACUGAAAAUGUGUUUUUGGUAAUUGAGACAAUACAUGAGUGUUUAAUGGUGCUAUACCUAGCAAUAAACUGCAGAGUGUAGUUAAUUGUUUUGCUUAUGUGUCCAGUCCUGGCAAAUUUUAGUCAGAGUUCUGACUUUUUAUAAAUUAUGGCACUGAUCCAAAGUUCCCAAAUCUAAGGGACCCUUAGAUUUGGUGACUAUGUGGAAUUUUGUUCUCUCCAUGUCCCUAUGUUUGGGUUUCCUCCAGGUUUUUCCAGUUUCCUUCUAAUUCUCUGGUUUCCUUCCAAAAACCACACAGGGAGGAGGAUUGGCUAAACUAAAUUGCCCUUAGGUGUGAAUGAGUGUGAAUGUGUGUGUGCAUGGUGCCCUGUGAUGGACUGGUAUCCCAUGUAGGGUGUUUUCCCACCUUGUGCCCAGUGUUUCUGAGAAAGUCUAGAGAUCCGCAAUGACCCUAAACAGGAUAAAGGGCCAUAUGCAGAGUCGAAUUACGUGCACAGUGAGGAUUUAAUACCGAAAAUACACACGUGGCAUUUUAUCCGUACUGGAAUUGUGCAGGAGAACAAUCAUCUGUCCUUUUGUGUUGACCCUCUUUUAUUAUCCACAGUGAAGGAUGAUGAGAGUCUUUUAUUCUGUCAGAUAAGUAGUUGAAAUCAGAUCACCCACGUCUAUAUAGACGGAAUGUGUUCUGGAUGUGGGGAAAGUGCUAACUUCAGCAUAUAAGUAGUUUAUAUGUAGUUUAGUGAAGUGAUUGUGGUUGGUCCCUUCUCAUAUUAAUUCUUUCCUAUUUUGAUGUCUUUUUCUUGAAGUUUCGUUCUCGUUACUGCCUGCGUGUGAGAUGUGAGUGAAGUAACGUACUGUAAUCGUGUAGGAAAAUGCAUUAAAUUUGUUGUCUGUCUGCCUGCCUUUUUAUUUUCUACAUCAUUUCUUUAUAUCCCUACACUCUUGUGUAUUUCUGGAAGAGGUGAAGUAGUUGUGAAAUAAGUGAGGUGACAAGAAAAUGAUGUGAGGGGAAAAAAAAAAGAUGAGUUACGCCAAGCACGUCACAGAGAAACUGCUGUUUUAAAAUUGUUUCAAGCGUCUUGGCUGACGGUGUUACACAUCAUCCUGAUGUGUGUUUAAUCUCCCAGCAGCUGUGGCGUUUGUUUACGGCUCUCAGAUCGGCCCGUCCUCCAUUUAUACGGCGGCAUUUCUUUCGUCAUAAUUGAAUAAUUCGUUUUAUUUGUCAUAAUUUAUGGGUUUGUGUUGGCUCGACUGCUUCUCAAAAUUUUCUCGAUGGUAUUCUCGACCUAGUGAGCUAGCAUGAGGAUGAGAGAUGCCAAAGCACUUCUAUAAGUCGCUCUGGAUAAAGGCGUCUGCUAAAUGCUGUAACCGUUAUAAAAAUAAACAAUUUAAACUCAAUGGUAUAUUCCAGAUAUAAAAAUGCAGUAAUCCAUGCACUUAUACAUGGAUUAUACAAUUUGAUUAUACAGUUUGAAGUAUAGGUUGAGGUUUACAUUAAGGCUUUUAUGCGUAAAUUUAUACACACUCGUGAGCACGAGUAGGUUACGAACGUUUUUCCGAAAUUAUGGGAUUUUCAUGAAUACCACAUUUGUUGUGAAAACACUUGUAUGAACGAAUUUUUUACGAAUAAAUCGGUUCUUAUUCAGCUUGA